AUGCCACGCAUCAAAAAAAAAAAGACCAGAGCAGAGGGCCUCACCCGCGUCCGCAACAACCAGUGCCGCUGCCGACAGCGACAACGCGACUGUGUGGCUGACUUGGAGCGAAGGAUAGUAUCACUUGAGAACACCACGGCGCGGGAAAUCAGCACACUGCAAUCUAUGACGGAUGUGCUGCGCCAGGAGAGUGAACAGCUCAAAGCCUUUGUCGAUGCUUCUUUAGGCGUCGAGGACACGGACAUGGUCCCUUCCACCCACGUAUCCGGUCUAGCGUGGGCAAAGUAUAAUGACGCAGACACGACCGUGUGGACGGUAGCCCUGGAGUUGGUCAUCGGCUACAACACGAAGAACCUCAGUAUCUCCGAGCUGGAUCUGCGUCUGCGAGGCGGAUAUCGCUGCGCGCGGUUCCUUUGGGAGGGCUGCCGUAUGGCCAACCAGGUUUUGUUCGCUGUUUUUGCUGAGGUGAUUGAAUGAUCGAUGCAUUCAGAGUUCCCAAGCUCAAUGGGAAGGGCCAUAACCCCCGGGCCGCAGAAGGGAUGUCCAGGCUUUGAUUGUUCUCCGCAGCGGG